GGAUCAUGCACACGGCCACCAACUACUACCUGUUCAGCAUGGCCAUCAGCGACCUGCUACUCCUGGCCUUCGGCAUGCCCGACGAAAUCCAGCUGCUGUGGAUGGGGCAGCCCUACAUCUUCGGUGAGGAGUUCUGCUUCAUCCGGGGCUUCACCGCCGAGAUCUCCACCAACGCCUCCAUCCUCACCAUCGCCGCCUUCACGGUCGAGCGCUACAUCGGCAUCUGCCAUCCCCUGCGCUCGCAUACCAUGUCCCAGCUGGGCCGCGUCAUCCGCUUCAUUGCCAUCAUCUGGGUGGUGGCGACGGCGUGUGCCGUGCCCAUCGCCAUCCAGUACGGCAUCGUGUACAAGGAGGACGGGAUGGGCAAGAAGGACCUGAGCACAGCCUCGUGCGUGAUCAAGAACCGGCUUCGGAUGGUGUUCGAGAUCUCGAGCGUCCUCUUCUUCGUGGCGCCGAUGCUGCUCAUUAUCGUGCUGUACGUGUUCAUCGCCAUCCAGCUGAAGCGGUCGGCCCGCCUGGCCCGCAACGUGCCCUCCCUCAGCUCUCACAGCUGCUCCACCAACGACGGCUCCAGGAACAAGAGUGUCAUCAAGAUGCUGGUUGCGGUCGUCAUCGCCUUCUUCCUGUGCUUCGCCCCUCACCAAGCCCAGCGUCUUAUGGCCGUCCACGCCGACCCACGUAACACCCUCGCAGUCAAGAUGUUCAACGUUCUCCAUAACAUCUCUGGAAUAUCCUAUUACAUCUCCACUUGCGUCAACCCCAUUCUGUACCAUAUCUUCAGCAACCGGUUCCGCCAAGCUUUCCGGGUGAGUUGAGUCGGUAUCGGGUGCUUUGCGGGUGACAAAGUAUAGGGCUGGAAAAUGUUGCAAAGUUACUUCCGAGUCAGGGUGUGUGUUGGUUAAGACUG